CACGCACCUUUCGCCGAUCUCGCUGUACAUAAAGUCCACGUUUCCAGGUCUGCUUCUGAACCGUAGAUCAUUUUGCCGUUGACUAGGCUUUAGACGCGUUGGAAACCAUUUCUUGAGUAUGGCUUCUCGAGGAUACACGUGGAGUGGAAAGACAGACUACUCAUUGCCUAGCGAUGGAAGUUUUAUCAGCGUUCUGAAACUGUGGAACUGUGAAACUGUGUAUCUUGUCAAACUAGAGUCAGCAAAAAUUCGUCUAGCCUACUCAACCCUUCAUGGAAGGCGGUUGUUUUGUCUAGCAAUAUACAAGUUAUAUUGCCGGUUCAAUCCAACUCCACACUGUAUCAAGCACAUUUCUCAACACAAAACCUAUGCAAGGUCUUACUCGAGAACUCUAAUCUUGUUUUCAAGUUCCACUAUUUCAUUUGCUUGCUGUUCAAUUAUCCGACGCAAACCAUCAGCUUCAGUCUCAGUGACAUUUUUGACAAUCAACAUCUUCAGUUCUAGAGGAUCACUAGACUACAUACAUAUCUUGAUCAACUGCACCUGCAGAUGAGGUAGAACAGCCUCUGCUUUCUAAUUUAGACAUUACAGCUAUGAAAUAGCUAGUGCGUGUGUGUUGUGUUACUUUAUACAUAACUGUUGCUGUGACUUGUAGGCUGGCAGUGCUAAUAAACAGACUGUAGUGUACGUGUACUGUACUCUGAUCCGCGUCAGUACCUAUCGAGUGCAAGUUAUCACAGUAGCAUCUUCGACUUGGCCAAUCACAUAUAUACAGAAGCAAGCUAGACUGCCCAGAAACAACGCGGAACGCCUACAUG